AUGAAAUUUGCUGUGCCAUUCUUGCUUGCUGCCAGUGUUCAAGCUGCAUCGGUCCAAGGUAAUUCUCCUUUGUGCCCUAUUGACACUCCUAUCUCGUGUAGUACGACUACAUUUGACGAUUCUUGCUGUUUCGAGAGUCCAGGGGGAGUAAUUCUUCAAACUCAAUUUUGGGAUUACGAUCCGGCUACUGGUCCUUCUGAUAGUUUUACAUUGCAUGGGCUUUGGCCUGAUAACUGCGAUGGCACAUAUCACCAGUUUUGCAAUGAUCUGUUGAACAUAGAAGCAGCCAACAUCAAAACUAUUAUUGGGUCUGAGUUUAAUGAUCAAGCAUUGCUCAGCAAAAUGGAAACAUUUUGGAAAAAUUAUGAUGGUCCUGACACUCUGUUGUGGGAACAUGAGUUUAACAAGCAUGGAACAUGUAUCAAUACCAACAGCCCAGCUUGUUACGGCAGUAAUUUCAAGAAAGACGAAAACGUCUACAAUUACUACAGGAUUGCUUUCAACUUAUUCGAGAAGUACCCCACGUACCAAUUUUUGACAGACGCUGGAAUUGUACCCUCAAACGAACAAACCUACACCUUUGACCAAAUAUCUGAAGCUCUUAGCUCGAAUUUUGAUGGUCAUUCAGUUUACUUUAACUGUGAUCACGAGAAUGCAUUGCAGGAGGUAUGGUACUUCCACCAUAUGCAGGGUCCAUUGAUCUCAGAGUCGUUCGUGAAAAUUGAUUCUUUAACUCAAUCUGGCUGUUCAAGGACGGGUAUUAAGUUCAUACCAAAGACUUAG